GUUUGUGUGUGUGAUUCAGAUGGACGGUCGUUCUGCAGUGAAUCUGCUGAUGUUGCUGAGUCAGCGCUCCGGGGUCCUGAUGAUGGACGAGCGUCUGUCCGUCUGACCUCAUGUCAGUUUCUCUUGUGUUUCUCACAGGCGUCUCACACACGCUUUCAGACCAUGAGUGAUGAGUCUCCGUUACAGACGCGCCUCACCACUGACGUGCCGCUGGCGUCUGGCUCUCAGGAGAACUACGUCCUUCUGCUGGUGCUGCUGUGUGUGUUCGCUGGCGGGACGCUGGUCCUCCUGUCCAUCCUGCUGAUCUUCUGCCACCGCUGCUGUCGAGGAGAGCGACGCUACUCCAGAGCCAGUGAUGACCUGGAGAAAACCAACACCACAUACAUAGAGGAGAGUCAGCCAAUGCAAGACGUCACCAUCAGAAUCGAGAGCGGCGAAUCAAUGUCCACUUCCAGCUGUCAUGGAGAUACAGACGCGGAUCACUUCCUGUCUGCGUCUGUCAUCGGAAGACGGGUGUCUUUUAACGAGGCCGCCAUCUACGAGCAGAGCGCCAAAGACCAGGAGAAAGGUCGAAGGUACACGCUGAUGGAGGGAGACUUCCAUCACCUGAAGAAAGCUCGUCUGACGCACAUGCAGCUGCCGGCGCUGAAGAUCCUCACCAUCCUGGAGUGUGAUUCUCCGGAGAACAGCGUGACGCUCCUCCAACAGCCCUCACAACACCCAUCCCUCUCCAUAUUCCAGCCCGCGGAGGGUCCCGUGCCGGAGGCUGCAGGAUCGUGGAGCGCUCAAAGCCCCAGCUGUGCUCUGCCUGGAAACACACUGAACACCAGCGUCAAACCGUCCCGAUCACACACCAUCGAGGUGAUGAACAGAAGCCUGCUGAUGGACAGAGAUUCCACUUCCUGUCCGGCUCAGGGCACCAUGUUCCACUUCCUGUCCAAACUCAGACGCCACGCCAGCCUGGAGGGAGCGGGUCCGUUCUUCAGUGUCAAGAAGUGGAGACUGGACACCUUCCAGAGAGCGGCGAGUCUGGACACCAGAGGUUCUCCGCGGAGACGUGCAUUUCAGAGGCAGCGGGCGGCCAGCGAGACUCUGGAUCAUGGAGAAGAAACCUUGCAGGGUGGAGUCAGCGACUUCUUGUUACGAAAACCCACGGCGCACCCUCAGAAGGCGCCGCCAAGGCGCCUCUCGGCCGGUUCUUUGGACGCCACUGCAGGAGCUCCUUCUGCUCUCUGCAGGUUAGAGGUAGAAGCCGUAAUGGAGCUCAGAGUCAACACAGAUGCAGUGAAAGACACGACUCCAACAUUCCCCUCAGCCCAUGGACCUCCGGAAGUGGAGGAUGGUGAAGAGAAUGGACAGGAGAUGAUGGCAGAAGCGUCAGGAGGCGGCGGUGAAGAGUUUGGACCAGUGAGCCGUCAGGAGAGUCUAGAGCAGCCCAGCCUGUACCGCGACAUCUGGAGCCUGAGAGCAUCGCUGGAGCAGUACGCCUCCGACUUGAGCAGCAACGACAGGGACUCCACUCGCAGCGAUGCCGACAGCGUUUGCUCAGCAGGAGCAUUGAGAGCGGGCGCCCCCAGCUACCAGUCACAAGACAUCGAUGAUGAUAUAGACGGAGACAGCGAGCUUCCAUAUGAUGACGUGGUCAGGGAAGCCGAGCAAAGGAGAAAUGGACGGGACAGUGUGGAAUCGGAGAGAGGCAGCGAUGGAGAGACAAACAACCGGAAGCUUCUGCAGAUGGACAGUGGAUACGCCUCAAUCGAGGGCCUUUGCAAGGCUCCGGAGGAGUUCAGAUUGUUUGGAAGUAGCUCCGGAAAGACGGCGUCAGAGCGUCGCCGCUUUUUCACCAAUUCUGGCCGUAAAGGCACGGUUUGUGAGAGUUUUGAGGCACGGUUGAUUAAGGAAGAGCUGGAAGACGAGGCAUCGGAGAGCAGUGUAAGUUUGGAGGCAGAGACUCCUGUUAUGGGAGAACCUCAACCCGCGACAAAAUCCAGGCCGCGCUUCCGUCGCAGAGACUACAGCAUUGAUGAAAAGACAGAGGCACUGUUUAAUGAAUUCCUACGCCAUGAUCCCCAGUUUGACCAGCAGGGCUCGCCCUCAUUGCGGCACCGGCACCGCUCCCGAAUCCAUCUCAGAAAGCAGUGGCAGCGCAGCAAGCAGUACAGUGACCCAGGUGCCGCUCGAUUCUCGCCAUCUUUAGAGCGACAGCGCUGCUAUCCACUCCGCCGUGGUGACAGCGCCAGCUACCCCUUAGACACGCGCUAUCACAGUACCUUGCCUCGCAUCGCUAGUGCCACGGAUGAGGAAGCAAGCGAGGGAGCAGCGAGUACGGAAUCGCCCGAGCCAGGAAAAUCCGGUCCAGAGCUGGAAGGUGAUGAUCCGUCCUCAGAUACAAGAAGUUCUGGUCCAGACUUGGAGGAAAACGCAAACAACAGCAGCAACAACACAAGCCGGCAUUUCUUUUCAUCACAAACACAGGACAACAGUGCCAGGGACUGUGGGAUCCUGGAGGACUUGGGAACAAAUGCUCAUCCCGCAGAUUCACAUAAACAUUCACAGAUAGACUGUGGUGGACCAAUGGCUACAUUAAGUUCUCAUUUGCAUUCACAUACAAAUACACUCAAGCCGGAUCCCACUGAUCCGGAUCAGGACUCGGACUACGUGUGUCACUCUCUUGCUGACAUCAGUCCGUCAGACAAACUGGCGUCCACACUGGACGAUCGGCUCUACUCUAACCUGAGGACUCAAAGAGAGAGUCAAGAGUGUGUUGUGACCGUAAGCCGCACCUCACCAGAUCUAGAAGAAUAAGGGCCAGUUUUACUAAACAGGGCAAAUUAGUGAGAAAGCGCAAUUCC